AUAAUAUAAUUGAUUAUUCGAAUUCCGAAAGGAAAAGGAGAAACAUAUGGGUCGGUAAUAAAUGAAAUGAUUGAAUGAAUGCUAUAUUAAAGUCUCAAUCGAACUGAAAAUUUUGUUGUUUUUAUUUAUUUUUCUUUUCUUGUCCGAUUUAACCGCUUCUUCUUUCGGGCGAUCCCCGAAUUUCGGAGUUUCACUGGUUUUGGAUUUUUUUGGAAAUCGGCGUUGAUAGGGGAGGGAAUAUCUGAAAAUCAAAAUCCAAAAACCUCUCGGUUCUUCCAAUGAUGCACCGUUUCGUUGACAAUGUUCUUGCUGUUACCAAAGAGUCGGUGAAGACAUUUACUUAUGAGUCUCUGCACAACAUUGCAAGAUUGAUUAAUGGAGUGUCGGCACUUCUGUUGACCCUUUUACCGGGGAAGGGUUUGAUCCUCGAAGGCAUUCAUGGCUGGGAGCUUAGACCGACCUUUCGCGGCCCUCGAUUUCCACGCUGGAUGGAAAACGGAGUGUCCUCUUUCAAUAAUUUCAUUCAUGAGCUUUCGGUGGAUUCUGAUACUUCGAGCUCGGACUACUCAUCUGGAGAAGAAGAUAAUGAUGCUGGUAUAUAUCCUGUAUCUCCAUCAACGCAUAGUUCCCGAGCUUCUAGAUCUAGUACAUCUGCGAAGUAUGAUAGGCGUCGAAUUGGAUGGAUUGGAUAUUUAUUCUUAUGGAUUUUGUUUCCUAUAAAAUUCAUGCUUGGGAUUCCGUAUCGUGCUUUCCGGUAUUCUUGUUGUGGGUCACAAUCCUACUCCCCUCCAGUAAGCAAUCAUUCAACAAAUGUAUCUUCUAUUAAGAGAGUACAAUCCCUUAUGGAUCAUAUUGUUCACCGCACAACUGACAGGAGACGCGGAGUUGUUGAGGAUCUUCAUCUAGCAAUAGAGAUCUCUAUAGAAGCGAUAUUUGAUGUUGUGCACAAGGUAGCACAUUUUCUUCUCUCACCAUCAAAGGCUUUCAGAUUACUAUUUUGGUGGUAUUCCUCACACGACAGUGUUGGUAAAGAAAAUGAUGGAAGUCCUUCAGAAGCUUCUGUUUCCACUGCUACGCUUGGAGAAAAUGAUCCAUGUCCUACAGAAAGGACUACCACUUUUCAUGACUCUCUGAAUACAGAUGCUAGGACUUGUCAGGAUGUCAUAACAGAGCUAGGGUAUCCAUAUGAAGCGAUUCGUGUGAUCACCAAUGAUGGUUAUGUUCUCCUUUUGGAAAGAAUUCCCAGACGCGACUCACGGAAAGCUGUUUAUCUACAACAUGGGAUUUUGGAUUCAUCUAUGGGUUGGGUGUCCAAUGGGGUUGUUGGUUCACCGGCUUUUGCAGCAUUUGAUCAAGGAUAUGAUGUUUUCCUUGGGAACUUUCGUGGUUUAGUUUCUAGGGAGCAUAUUGACAAAAAUAUAUCCUUGCGACAGUACUGGCGAUAUUCCAUCAAUGAGCACGGGACUGAGGAUAUUCCUGCAUUAAUUGAGAAGAUUCACGAAGUUAAAACAUUUGAAUUGAAGCUUAGUCAACCAGAUACUGAGGAAGAAACAAGUGGUGAUCAGCCAUACAAGGUUUGUGCAGUAUGUCAUAGUUUGGGAGGCGCAGCCAUGCUGAUGUACGUUGUAACACAAAGGAUUCAGGAAAAGCCACAUAGACUCUCAAGAUUGGUCUUGUUGUCACCUGCCGGUUUCCAUGAUGAUUCCACCCUAGUAUUCACAGUGGUGGAGCGUCUGUUUCUUAUUUUGGCUCCUCUUUUGGAACCCCUUUUUCCUGGCUUAUACAUACCAACCAGGUUUUGCCGUAUGCUCCUGAACAAGUUGGCACGGGACUUCCAUACUUACCCUGCUGUUGGAGGACUAGUUCAAACGUUAAUGAGUUAUGUCGUUGGCGGCGAUAGCUCAAAUUGGGUUGGAGUCUUAGGCUUGCCACAUUACAAUAUGAAUGAUAUGCCGGGAGUAUCAUUUCACGUGGCUCUACAUCUUGCACAGAUGAAGCGUUCAGGACGAUUCAGAAUGUAUGAUUAUGGCAGUGCGUCUGCUAAUAUGGAGAUAUAUGGAUCUCUGGAACCAUUAGACGUCGGUGAGUACUACGAGUUCAUUGACAUCCCGGUUGAUCUGGUUGCUGGACGGAAGGACAAGGUGAUCCGUCCAUCUAUGGUGAGGAAGCACUACAAGUUGAUGAAGGAAUCAGGGGUGGAUGUAUCAUACAACGAAUUUGAGUAUGCCCAUUUGGAUUUCACAUUCUCCCACCGUGAAGAACUCUUGGCAUACGUCAUGUCCCGCUUGAUGCUUGUGGAACCUACGCCUGUGCUGAAACCUUGUCAGAAGAAAGCUCCGAGGUUGAAGAGAAAAGGACAGAAGGUUGAAGAAACGGCAACAGGCUACUAGUUUGAUGAAAAUUUCGCCUGUGCACUUCCUACUUUUUUUGCUUCAGGAUUUGGCAUGCGCGUUGUAGUUCAGAUACGGAUUGCUAUUGUAGAUUGAAUACGCCCAUAACUAGACUCAGCGUCACUUGUAUAAAAUGCGGCCGCCUCCCACCAUCGUGGGUCAUACCAAAUUGUUUGUCCAGUGCUCAAAUUUAUAUACACAACACGGUUUGUAAUUGUAGUUGGUUUAUGAAAUCUGAUCUAUUGUUGUGUGACCUGUAACACACUUGAUUGGAUAAUGCUUUUGCAACCCUUCAUUAUAUUUGUUGUUGAGACCUUCGUUAUAUUGGUUGUUGAGAGGUUUCCGUGGUUGAAUAGAAAAGGACAUAAGGUUGAAGAAA